UCAUCACUAGUUCUAAUUGCAUUUUCUGCGUUGUUUUUUUCGGGGGUGUGACGUUUAAUUGUUUGUUGUUUUUGUAGUAUUGUGAAUUAAAUAAACAUUUGUUUGCUUAAAAAAGAGUAAACCGUGUUCAGUGGGGUCAGUCGAACAAAGAAUUACAAUUCAAAACAAAGCAUUCGCCGGCAAAACAACAAUAUGCAGGUGAAACUGUUAGACGUCGACUGUGACGUCCCAGCUCGCCAACAGCAACAGCAAGGGAAAAACAAAACCAAUUGGAAUUUCUCGACGGCGUUCAGAAGUACACAAAACGGCAAACCGAACGGACGGAUAUAUACUUCAACGCCGAAAACCUCUCAUCCAAAAGUUCAAAACUACGUGGGCGUUCCUGAACCCACGGAAAAAGGGCAAGUGGGCGUGGUGAACGCCUUCGAUCCGCGGUUAAAAAAAGUGGCCCUUCUCUUUGGAGCUCUUAUAAUAGCCUACAAAAGCGUCAUUCUAACCAUGCCAUACGUCAGCGGCGACUCCAUUCAGGUGCUUAGCCACCAGGUGCAGAGUCGGUGGAACGAGACCUUGGUGUGGGUCACCAAGAACCAGCUGGGCUCCAGGCUGAGUCCACUGCUGUGUGGCCUUCUGGUGGCCGGAUUCGCGUACGGAAUAGUGUACUUAGACAGCGCGGUGCCGGGCGUAAAUCCACCCUCGCCCUUCUCGCCGCGUUCCAAGAAACGUUUCCGCGAUGAGAAGACAGCCUCGCUACACUUGGGCUACUUUUGUGCUCUCUUCUGCGGUUUUCUGGUCACGGUUUUCAUGUACUUUGAUUUGUACUCGUAGAACUGAAUACCCAUUUCCUUUCCCUUAGUAAAUUAAGUUCACCAGUAUUAGAGUUUAAACGCCCCCUUUGGAUUUUGUAUUUAUUGUAGUCCUCGUAACUGUGCAAUGUCACUGGUUGAGAAUCGUGAAAGGGCAUUUUGAAGCUAACUUAGUUCCUAAGUAUAACAGUUAUAAGUUACUUACAAAUUAUAAAUUAUUCAUGAUUUCUAAACUACUAAAGUAAUUCUAAAGUACAAAAAUGAAACAUUUCACUGUUAAGGCCAGGUCAGAAUAGUUUACAUAUUUAUAUAUAAUGAAGAAAAUAUAAGUGCCUGGCCUACAAAUUAUGAGAAAACUGUAUAUGGUAAUACCUUGCUGAAAUACAAAUUACUUAUGCACAUUGUUUUGCAUCAGAAUA